AUGAAUAUGACUCAAGCCCGAGUUCUGGUGGCUGGAGUGGUGGGUCUGGUGGUGGUCCUCCUCUACGCCUCCAUCCACAAGAUCGAGGAAGGACACCUGGCCGUGUACUACAGGGGAGGAGCUUUACUAACUAGCCCCAGUGGACCGGGCUAUCAUAUCAUGUUGCCUUUCAUUACUACCUUCAGAUCUGUGCAGACAACACUACAAACUGAUGAAGUUAAAAAUGUGCCUUGUGGAACAAGUGGUGGGGUCAUGAUCUAUAUUGACCGAAUAGAAGUGGUUAAUAUGUUGGCCCCUUGUGCAGUGUUUGAUAUCGUGAGGAACUACACUGCAGAUUAUGAUAAGACCUUAAUCUUCAAUAAAAUCCACCAUGAACUGAACCAGUUUUGCAGUGCCCAUACACUUCAAGAAGUUUACAUUGAAUUGUUUGAUCAAAUAGAUGAAAACCUCAAGCAAGCUCUGCAGAAAGAUUUAAACGUCAUGGCCCCAGGCCUCACCAUACAGGCUGUGCGUGUUACAAAACCCAAAAUCCCAGAAGCCAUAAGAAGAAAUUUUGAGUUAAUGGAGGCUGAGAAGACGAAACUUCUAAUAGCUGCACAGAAACAAAAGGUUGUGGAGAAAGAAGCUGAGACAGAGAGGAAAAAGGCUGUUAUAGAAGCAGAGAAGAUUGCACAAGUGGCAAAAAUUCGGUUUCAGCAGAAGGUGAUGGAGAAAGAAACCGAAAAGCGCAUUUCUGAAAUUGAAGAUGCUGCAUUCCUGGCCCGAGAGAAGGCGAAAGCAGAUGCUGAGUAUUAUGCCGCACACAAAUAUGCCACCUCAAACAAGCACAAAUUGACCCCGGAAUAUCUGGAGCUCAGAAGGUACCAGGCCAUUGCUUCUAACAGUAAGAUCUACUUUGGCAACAGCAUCCCUAGCAUGUUUGUGGACUCUUCUUGUGCUUUGAAAUAUUCAGAUGUUAGGACUGGAAGAAAAGGUUCUCUCCCCUCUAAGGAGGCUCUUGAACCCUCUGGAGAGAGCCCCGUCCAAAACAAGGAGAAUACAGGUUGA